GCCCCCGUUCCACAGUGCCGAUCCCCAGAAGAUCUACAGCAAGAUCCUGGAUGGGGUGUUCUCAUUCCCGGCCUACGUGAGCGAGGCCGCCUGCUCCCUGGUCUCCAAGCUGUGCCGGCUCCGGCCGGGACAGCGCUUGGGCAACACCAGCACCGGCAUCCGCGGCAUCAGGAAACACAGGUGGUUUGGCUCGGUGAAGUGGAAGCGUCUGGCCCUGCGGCAGGUCAAUGCUCCUACCCUGGCGCUGAUGAAGCAGGGCCCGCCCUACGCCAACUUCAAGCGCUUCUCGGUGGACUGGACGCCGGCCGAGGAGGAGUUCUCGGGCUGGGACGAGGAUUUCUGAGCGGCCGUGGGGCCCAGGCCAGCAGCACCCCAAGGACUGGGGGGUGGGGGGCCGCUCUGCUGGUGGCUGCUGCCCUGGUGCUGAGCUUGGCACGUGCCCCCUGCCCGUGGGAGGACGGGGCCCUGGGCUGGCCCCUCCUGGGCACAGGGCCCCAGCCUGGCAGACCUGCUGGUGGGGAGCAGAGGCCCUGGGCCUGUUCCUGCAAGCGGCUGCCUGAGGGUGCAGGGAGCAUGCUCGUCCCCUGGGCUGCCAGGCCGGGCGUGCUGGCCACCCUGGGGCAUGGCCAGCAGGGACCGGCUGUGGGAGCUGCCCCGGGCCUGGCCCCACCGGGCUGUGGGCAAUAAAGCCGCUGCAAGCCCCUGUGUGACUCCA